AUGGCAGUCUUUACUAGAUCCCUCCUUACUUCUUUAUUCCUCGGCCUGGUCUCUGCAGAUGCUUCCUGUAGGGUCAUACCAGGCGAUCCCGACUGGCCUUCGACCUCGACAUGGCAAAGCCUCAACGAAACAGUGGGCGGCCGUCUUAUUGCGACUGUUCCACUCCCUUCUGUGUGUCAUGCAAAUUACCUUGGCACGCUUGUUAUGAAUGACACUUACUCGACAUCUGAGUGUGCAGCAGUGCAGGCGGAAUGGCUGCAGGACAUAGUUUUCAUCGAACACCCAGCUGAGGUCAUGAACCCCUACUUCCAGAAUCAAAGCUGCGAUCCUUUCACCUCUAAGUCCGUGACAUGCGAGCUGGGCAACUACGUCAGCUAUUCGAUCAACGUCACUGGCGUGGACGACGUGGUAGCGGGUCUCAAUUUCGCAAAAGAGAACAACGUCCGGUUGGUGAUCAAAAACACCGGUCAUGACUUCACUGGCAAGUCCACUGGCAAGGGUGGCCUCGCCCUGUGGACACACUACUUGAAUACGACCGACAUCAUCGAAUCGUACACCAACGGCAACUAUACCGGGCCUGCCGUCAAGCUCGGUGCUGGUGUGGUUGGAGCAUAUGUCUAUCCGGCGGUCGCUGCCGCUGGCUAUCGAGUGCUUGGAGGGGAGUGCCAGACAGUCGGGCUUGCCGGUGGUUAUACCUCAGGAGGUGGCCAUUCCCUUCUAAACGGUCUCUAUGGAAUGGCUGCAGAUGCAGUUCUUGAGUGGGAGGUCGUCACUGUCGAUGGCGAGCAUCUCAUCGCAACGCCUUUUAACAAUACUGACCUGUACUGGGCCCUCACCGGUGGCGGCGCCGGAACUUUUGGCGUUGUACUCAGCAUGACUACCAAGAUAUUCGAGGAUGGCCCCAUUGGCAGUGGAUCCUUGAGCUUCAAUUCGACCGAAGAGAAUUUCUGGGAAGCCAUCGAGGACUUGUGGGCAUGGUUGCCACAAUUCGUCGACGCUGGUCCCAACACUUUCGACUUCGCAAUCAGCACUGAAGGGUUUUCAACCAUUGCCCUCACUAUUCCAGAUAAGAACGAAACGGAGGUCGCCCAAGUCAUGCAACCUUACUUCGACGCUCUCAACGCCAGAAAUGUUAGCUACGAUUUCACGCCAAUUUAUGCGUCCAACUACCUCGAUUAUUACAAUGAGUGGUUCGGUAUCGGAAUCACCGAGGCUGGCCCUGCAAACAUCCAACUUGCCUCGCGUCUGAUCCCGCGUGCGGGAGUGCUCGAUGCCACUCAGAAUAAGGAAAUUGUGGCAGCCAUGAAGGCUUACACCGAUGCUGAGUACUGGAUCGUUGGCUGUCAUGCCCUCAACGUCGCGGACAGUGAGCAUUACGACAAUGCUGUCCUUCCCCAGUGGCGCAGUUCCGUGGCUACCUGCAACAUCGCGAGCCAAUGGGAAUGGGAUGUGGAGUGGUCCGAGAUGCAGGCUCGAAAGACUUUGAUGGCCAACACUUUGAUGCCGGGUCUCGAGAACGCCACGUUGGGCGCCGGAACGUAUCUGAACGAAGUCGAUGCGCAGUGGAAGGGUGGACCCACGGGCUGGAAGAACGAACUCUACGGUGUCAACUACGACCGCCUGCUCGACAUCAAGAACCAGUACGACCCUGACCAUCUUCUCUAUGCUUGGCUUGCUGUGGGUAGCGAGUAUUGGACUGUGGAUGGUAGCGGUCGCCUUUGCAGCGCUGAUUAA